GGGCAUCCUAAUGCGACAAGUCUUCAAAUUCUUCGAUGUCUGCCGACGCUGUUUCCCCUUUGCGUGACCUUUAAACAUUCGUUAUAAAUCCUUGCGGUACCCGUUUUUCAGCUCUCAAAAUAUCGCAUCCCGUUUGCCGCGCGUUGUCGCACAAUGGCAGAACAAGACGCGAAGGCACCAGGCGACGCGCUCGAAGUUCGCGAGUCCAUCGAAGCCAAAGCCGAUUCCAGUGACGCCAAAGAUAGCACCCAACAAACGGUCGGCAAAGGCGAUGCUGAUAACGACUCCGAGACCUACGCCGACGCCGACGCUGACGCCGAUGCAGAUGCUGACGGAGAACCAGAUGAAGAGCCGGUGAACAGCUUGUCAAGUGACAUGCUUGUGGUGAUAGAGAAUACAGCGAACUAUCUAUCAAGCUACAAGGAGCCAGAUGGUUACUAUAUUGCGCAGAACUUCCAGCGCAUUCCUAACCGAAGAUUGAUUCCCGAAUAUUAUCAGGUUAUCCAGGAAGCCGUCGCGUUCAGCACCAUCCGAACCAAAAAGCUUCGCAAGCAGUACUCGACGUUUGCCGAGUUCGUCAAGGAUGUCGCCCUCAUUUGCCAUAACGCGCAGGUCUAUAAUCGACCAUCGUCCAGCAUCUUCCAAGACGCUACUCGAUUGCGCGAGGUGUUCAAGGAAGAACUUCAGAAGCUAAUUGAUGAGGGUACCAUCACUGCCGAGGAAGCCGUUCUACCCGACCUCGGCGAGAUCCCAGAGACCGAGGAUUCCCCACCUGAAGAUGAAGAGGAAGAGGAAGACGAGGAUGAGGAUGACGAAGAGGAUGAUUCCGACGAUGACGGCGGUGGUCGUCGGCGUGGAAGACGUGGACGACAAUCAACAACUGGUCGCAAAAUGGCGGGUGCCAAGGAUGAGGACCACAAGGCUAAGAUUCGAGGACGCCCUCCCAAAGUCUUCACCCCGCUUGAGGCGCGAAUCCACGCGCUUCUUAAGGGUCUUCGCAAGUUCCGCCACACGACCGGCGAACUUCUGAUAGUGCCAUUCGAACGGCUCCCAGAUAAACAGUCUACAUCGGACUACUAUGCUACUAUCAAGAACCCUGUCGCCCUGGAUCUCAUCAAGAGAAAGGCGAAGAGGAAGAAGUAUUCGAGCGUCGACCAGGUGAUGAAGGAUAUCGACUUGAUGUUUGAGAAUGCCAAGCAAUAUAACGAGGAAGACAGCCAAUUGUACAAGGAUGCCGUGGAGCUGCAGCACCACGCUCACCAGUUGGCCGAGCAGGAGAAGGCGAAACCGGAUAACGAGUUUGCCGAUGAGGACGGCAGGCGACCGGUGCCCGAGAUCAUUCAUCAGGGAGAAAUUUGGAGAAUUGGUGACUGGGUGCAUAUCACGAACCCCAAUGACCUGAGAAAGCCGAUUGUUGCCCAGAUUUACCGGACCUGGGAGGAUCGUGCUGGUCACAAGUGGGUAAAUGCCUGUUGGUACUACCGACCUGAGCAGACAGUCCAUCGAUUCGAGAAGCACUUCUUCGAGAACGAGGUGGUCAAGACUGGUCAAUACCGAGACCAUCGCAUCGAUGAGGUUGUUGACAGGUGUUUUGUAAUGUUCAUUACGCGCUACAACAAAGGCAGACCUCGCGACUUCCCUAAGGACAAAGAGGUCUACGUUUGCGAAGCGCGCUACAACGAGGAGAAGCACAAAUUGAACAAAAUCAAGACAUGGGCUAGUUGCGUGCCUGAUGAAGUUCGGGAGAAGGACUAUGAAAUGGAUCUCUUCGACGUACCGCGCCGUCUGAAGAAGUUCCCCAGUCCGAUCAAGCACCUACUCCAGGACGAUGCAAAGCCGACGGAUCCUAUGCCCAAGCCGACCUGGGGAGCCAAGAAUGCGCCACCCCUUAUCGGAGCUGUGCAUUGCCGCGAGCGAGAAGUAAAUGAUUCGCCGCCGCCUGAGCUUACUCCCACCCCACCGCCGCCGGCUCCCGAGGCAGCUCGUCGUCCAUCAUUCAUGAUGCAGGCCAGACCCAUGGACGGCCAAGGUGACAUAGCCAUGGGCAACGCUCCUCAUUUCCAGCCAGUUGCAGCACCCCCGACGCCAACGGCCACUAAUGCUACGUUCGCGCCACCCUACGUUCCGCGACCUAGUCCCACUCCCGUCGUCGCCCAGCAAUUUGGCGGCCACCCAGGCAUGCACGGCACUCAUGCAACACCGCCGAUGCCCCACACCCCACACUUCCAGCCGCAUCAGCCUCCAGCGUAUAACGGCUACCCGGCUCAGUACAAUCCUUCACCCGUCCCUAUACCCCAUCACCCACCACACCAUGUUCCACAUCAGGCUCCCAUAGUGCCUUACGACAACACCCAGCGUCUUGUGCCUUCCCCAGCCCGCACGUCGGUUGCGGCCGCGCCCAGCCCCGGCCUGCAUGCGCAAACCAAUACUUACAACCCACCGAAGCCUUCACAGGUCUACAGACUGGAUGACGCCAUAAACGAGACGAUCCCCUUAGACGUUCGUCAGCAAUUCCAACGAGAUGAGCAGGAUCGAGUCCUCUUCUUUACUCAGCCCCCCUUGAACCGUGCCCACCCUGGUCUUUCCACUGAGAGCGCUGGCCUCGGACAUAGCACUCGCUAUCUGGCCGACCGUGCGAGGGAUAUUAAAGACCGCCGCGCCAAGCGAAAGGCGCAAGAUGAUCUCCGCAAGGAAGCGGAGCGCAAGAAGAUGGUGCUUAGUGAUGAAGAGAGGAAGAAGAUGGAGAAGGAGCAGAUGGUCGACGUCGCCGCGGAUGUACUCGGCAAAUGGCUCGCCAUGAUGAAUUGCGAGACCGCGAAACUCAUGGAAGUUUAUGAUGGCUGGAGUACCAAUGAUGAGGAGAUUGAUAAAUACGGUUCUUGAGAAGGCCAAGUGUGCAUUUGGCGUUCAGGGAAGAAACCAGGUGUCAAGGGUGUCAAGGAUUUAAGAUACCAAGCGAUUGCAAUGUCUUCAGCCCGGGUAGGGUUUAUUGGCCAGGAAAAUGGCAUUUGGCUUGACAGUACGUAUAAUAGAUCGCGUUACCUUGGCUGUAUGUACAACAGAAAUCUUGGUACUGAGGCAGCCAAAUAGUCAAGAGGUAGCGGAUGCACACUCGCGGUAGGGCAUCCCACGACAGAUGGACACAAUGAAACAAUACUUGCAAAAUCGGCAG